UGUCCAGCACGUUGUACGACUUAUUGAUGGAUUCUUCAAGAAAAAAACCCUUACUGACUGCAUUUUCUGUAUAUACAAAUGCAAAUCGUUUAUUAACUAUCCAUCCACCAAAUAAAUCAGCUGAUGAAAUAAGUUGUGUCCAUGGAAUCCGAGCUUUGAGUAUCUUCUGGGUUGUUUUGGGGCACCGAUUUAGUGUUGCUAUAAUGGGACCCACCAUGAAUACUACUUAUGUAUUUACCAAGUGGGUUCAAAAUAUAGGUAGCACAUAUCUUACAGGUGCUACAGUAUCUGUGGACACAUUUUUCGUUAUGAGUGGAAUGCUUCUCACAUUUAUAUUUUUGAAGCAAAUGAGAACAUCUACUGAUUUUAAACCUGCCAUGUUUUAUUUGCAUCGAUUUCUACGUCUCACUCCGGCCCUGGCGGCCGUUGUUCUUUUUGAGGCAACUUUGUUAAUAAGAAUGCGAGAUGGUCCAUUGUGGGAAACUAAUUUGAAAGCAUUGAAAAGUACUUGUGAAAAAGCUUGGUGGCAAACAUUAUUGUAUAUACAGAAUUAUUAUAACCCUGAUGGCAUCUGUGUUGGCCAAUCCUGGUACUUAGCUGUGGACACCCAACUUUUCUGGAUGUCACCAUUCAUACUUCUACCUUUAUGGAAAUGGCCCAAAAAAACCCUAAUGGCAAUAGUUACGUUGAUAUUCACAUCAGUCAUAAUCAUAGCAAUAAUUUCGUACAUAGAUGAAUAUCCUGGAGGUAUAAUGGAUCCGAGAGACCCUUUCAUGCUGAAUAUGAAAUAUAUAUACAUGCCGACACAUACGAGAUAUGGGCCUUGGUUGGUUGGUGUUUUACUCGGGUACUUUUUGCAUAGAACUAAGGAAGUUAGGCUUGAUAUGAAUAAGUAUGUAGUUGGAUUCACGUGGGCAGCUGUAUUAGCAACAUUGCUUGCUGUAGUAUUAGGUGCACAUCCCUUCUAUAAAUUAGAUGGAAGUUCUACUUUGAGCCAAAAUGUGGCAUUUCUUUCCUUGCACAGAUUGGCUUGGGGAAUCUGUAUUGCUUGGAUAGUGUUUGCUUGCAAAAAUGGAUAUGGAGGUCCUAUCAACUGGUUCCUAUCACUAGGAUUUUGGCAACCGAUAAGCAGACUAUCAUAUUCCCUAUAUCUUGUGCAUAUGGAUGUUCAAAUGAUCAUAUGGAUGGCUACAAGAACUAAUUUAAACUUUUCGGAUGCAGACUUGUUUAUAAUUUUUGCAAGUGAUAUAACUUUAGGAUUGGCAGUUGCCUUGGUUUGGUCAUUGACGUUCGAAUCGCCAAUAUUGAUUUUAGAGAAACAAUUAUUAGGCAGAGGCGGAAAAAGAGAAGCAGUGCAAACGCGCCAUGUCGAAAAUGGUUAUGAAAAUUCUGUUUAUAGUAACAAAGAUCAAAGAGCUAUAUUUAGUUGA